AUGCAGGCUCCGGUGGUGGUGAUGAACACCAACUCCAAUGAGAGGCAGGUUGGUCGCAAAGCUCAGUUGUCGAAUAUAACUGCCGCAAAGACAGUUGCGGACAUUAUUCGGUCAUGUCUGGGACCCAAGGCCAUGCUGAAGAUGCUUCUGGACCCUAUGGGAGGAAUUGUUCUUACCAAUGACGGUCAUGCCAUUCUCCGAGAAAUCGAAGUUUCCCACCCCGCCGCUAAGAGCAUGAUCGAGCUCAGUCGUACACAAGACGAGGAAGUCGGAGACGGAACGACCACCGUUAUCAUUCUUGCUGGUGAAAUGCUUGCUCAGGCCCUCCCCCAACUCGAACGUAAUAUUCACCCCGUCGUCAUUAUCUCCGCCUUCAAACGUGCUCUCGCCGACGCCCUUGCAAUCGUUGAGGAAGUUUCACUCCCUGUGGACAUCGAUGACGACAAGGCUAUGUACACUCUUAUCAAGUCAUCUAUCGGCACAAAGUUCGUUUCUAGGUGGUCGGAUCUGAUGUGCGAUUUGGCACUGAAGGCGGUCCGCACUGUGUCCUUCGAUGCCGGCGGUGGUAAGAGGGAGGUCGACAUCAAGCGAUAUGCUCGUAUUGAGAAGAUUCCCGGUGGUCAGAUUGAGGACAGCGAGGUUAUUGAUGGUGUGAUGGUCAACAAGGAUAUUACUCACCCCAAAAUGCGGAGGAGAAUUGAGAACCCCAGAGUCAUCCUGCUGGACUGCCCACUGGAGUACAAGAAGGGUGAAUCACAGACCAACAUUGAAAUCUCGAAGGAGGACGACUGGAACCGUAUCCUGCAAAUUGAGGAGGAGCAGGUCAAGCACAUGUGUGACGCCAUCCUGGCUCUGAAGCCUGACGUUGUCAUCACAGAGAAGGGUGUCUCUGAUCUUGCGCAACACUUCUUGAUGAAGGCCAACGUCACAGCUAUCCGCCGAGUCAGGAAAACAGACAACAACCGUAUCGCCAGAGCCACGGGCGCAACGAUCAUCAACCGCGUGGACGAUAUCCAGGAAUCUGAUGUCGGUACCGGGUGCGGUCUCUUCGAGAUUGAGAAGAUUGGUGACGAAUACUUCACUUUCCUCAGGAAAUGCCAAAACCCUAAGGCUUGCACGAUCCUUCUCCGCGGUCCGUCCAAGGACAUCAUCAACGAGAUUGAGCGUAACCUUCAGGAUGCCAUGUCCGUUGCCCGGAACGUCAUCUUCCAUCCCCGUCUGUGCCCUGGCGGUGGUGCUAUUGAGAUGGCUGUUUCCGUCAGGCUAGGUCAACUGGCCAAGUCUAUCGAGGGCGUCCAACAAUGGCCGUACAAGGCUGUCGCUGAUGCUAUGGAAGUUAUCCCCCGAACACUAGCACAGAACGCUGGCGCCAGCCCGAUCCGAGUUCUCACCCGCAUGCGCGCUAAGCACGUUGAGGGCCAGACCACAUGGGGUCUGGAUGGCGACACUGGCGCUCUGGUUGAUAUGAAGGAGUAUGGCGUCUGGGAGCCGGAAGCCGUCAAGCUCCAGAGCAUCAAGACGGCUGUCGAGUCCGCAUGCCUGCUGCUUCGCGUUGAUGAUAUCUGCAGUGGUAAGACCGCCCAGCAGGCGGCUGCCCCUGGCGGUGGGGACGAAUAG